GAUAGUCCGGGUUAGUAUAAACACUUUACUGUACAGAGAGCCCGAGGAUGUAAAUAUGCCCAAAAUGUUGUUCUCCAAAAUAAGAUUCUACGAUAUUAAAGAUCUGAUCAAUGGAGUCAAAAGACCAAAACGGUUUGACUUUAUCCUGAGCAGGAGAGCGCACAAAGAUGAGGCGGUGGAGUGUGUUCUGGCGCGCAAAAUGAACCAUGAAACACAGUGGAAAUCUCUCAGUUUGAAGCCUGGCUGUACCCUCCAACCAUCUUUGGAACAACUUCUGCAAGAUAAAGAGUACCAGCAUUCGUUCCGCUCAUUCCUUCAGUCUGAGUUCAGUGAGGAGAACCUGGACUUCUGGUUGGCCUGUGAGGACUUCAGGACCAUCAGCUCAGAGGAGGAGCUGCGGAGGAGAGCUCAGCAGAUCUACCAAGAGUUCCUCCAGACUACGGCCAAGAGAGAGGUGAACGUGGAUCAUUGGAUCCGUGAGAAGAUCCUUGUGUCUCUGGAUAAACCCAACGCGUUGUGUUUCAGAGAGGCUCAGAAGCAUGUGUAUGCUCUGAUGGAGAGGGACUCCUGGCCACGCUACACCCACAGCCAGAAGUGCCAGAGCAUGGGCACCAAGUCACGUACACUCUGGUACAUCUAGACCUGGUUUGGACUAGGUUUAGAUCUGGCUUCAAGUCACACACACACACACACUGAUACUUCUAGGAGGAGAGGGGAGAAGACGGGGUCAGAUCUGGUGUAGACCUGGUGUAGACCUGGUGAAGACCUGGUGUAGACCUGGUUUAGGCCUGGUGUAGGCCUGGUGUAGACCUGGUUUAGGCCUGGUUUAGACUGACAGAAUGUCACACACACACUGGUACAUUUUGGAGGGGAGAAAACUGGGCAUAGCCUGGGUUUAGACUGGGUUUGGACCAUUCAAAUUGCGAUUUUGAUUUGAUUGCUAUUCAUCUCACUCUUUUAUAUCCUGGCAUGGAUUAGACAUGUCACCAAGUCACACACACACAGGCACAUUUAGGAGGGAACGGGACUGGGUUUAGAUCCGGUGUAGACCAGGUAGCAAGUAACGUAUUGGUACUAAAUGAAAAGUCUAAGAGAGAAAGGGAUUAAGGCCAGCUUUACACCUAAUUUAGACCUGACUAAGUCCUCAUUUAGCCCAGGUUUAGAUUUAAGUUUAACCCAUGUUUAGACCUUGUUUAAACACACCCACUGGUAAAGUUUUGAGAUAAAGACAGGGGGGAGGGAACAAGCAAGAAGACUGGGUUUUAUCCUGGUUUCGAUCUGUAUUAGUCCUUGUUAGUUGUGCUAGAACUGUAUUUGUCCUGGGUUAUCCCUGGUUUAGACCUGAUUUAAACCUGGUAGCAGAUUUGAAACUGAAAACUGCAUCUGUACAUUUGAUGGCAGUGGAAAAAGCAAAGGAAUGUCAUAUGGUACGUGAAUAAAAAUGACUGAAAAA